ACGGUCUGUAGGACAGCUCGCCAAGUUAUCGCUGUUGCUUUUUCUCGUAUAAUCUGCGGCCAGGAAUCACGGCGCAGCCCAUACAGGACCAUAAGGCCCCGUUUCAAUCAUAACGCUAGCGGGGAGCUGUGUUUCUGAGCCGCAGUUACUUUUUUUUAAAAGCCGCUCACAGCUGCUCUGGGGGGCGGAGUGUCUGCAGAGUGCUGCGCCGAUUGGGGCGCUCAAUCGGGGGAAGAGAGAUGGCGUGCUUGUUGGAGGCCCCUCUCCGCAUCAGUGUGCUGUCUGAAGUCACUGCCACUAGUCGCCAUUAUGUUGACAGAUUGUUCGACCCCGACCCACAGAAAGUGCUGCAGGGAGUCAUUGACAUGAAGAAUGCCGUCAUAGGAAACAACAAGCAGAAGGCCAAUCUGAUCGUCCUCGGAGCUGUGCCGAGGCUACUAUACCUGCUCCAGCAGAGCUCGUCCAGUCUGGAGCUGCGGACCGAGUGUGCUGUUGUGCUGGGCAGCCUAGCCAUGGGCACAGAGAACAACAUCAAGUCCCUGGUGGACUGUCACAUCAUCCCUGCCCUUCUUCAAGGUCUCUUGUGUCCAGACCUUAUCUUCAUUGAAGCUUGUCUUCGAUGCCUCAGAACGGUCUUCAUCAGUCCAGUCACCCCUGUGCAGCUGCUUUAUACUGACCCCACUGUGAUUCCCCAUCUAAUGUCUCUACUGAGCCGCUCGCAGAGAACCCAGGAGUACAUCACACAGAUCUUCUCCCACUGUUGUAAGACCCCAGAGCACCAGACGGUUCUGUUCAACCACGGUGCCAUCCAGAACAUUGCCCCUCUGCUUAUCUCACCCUCUUAUAAGGUCCGGAUGCAGGCGUUAAAGUGUUUCUCAGUCCUGGCCUAUGAGAACACUCAGGUCUCCAUGACACUGGUGAAUGGUGAGGAAAUCUCUCCUCUCUUCUCUUCUCUCCUCCUCUCUCCUCAAUCCAUUUAUCUGCGUUUUCUGUUGCCAGUGCUGGUGGAUGGUGAGCUGCUCUCUCAGGUAUUUGUCAGAAUGAUGCAAAGGGAUCAACCCAUUGAAAUGCAGCUAACAGCAGCCAAAUGUUUAACAUACAUGUGUCGAGCGGGUGCCAUUAGGACAGACGACAGCUGCAUAGUCCUAAAGACCCUGCCGUGCCUGGUGCGAAUGUGCAGUAAAGAGCAUUUGCUUGAGGAGAGGGUGGAGGGUGCAGAGACGCUGGCCUACCUGAUGGAGCCCGACGUGGAGCUGCAGAGGAUCGCCAGCACCACCGACCACCUGGUGGCCAUGCUGGCCGACUACUUUAAAUACCCCAGCUCUGUGUCUGCCAUCACAGACAUCAAGAGGCUGGACCAUGACCUGAAACAUGCACACGAGCUGAGACAAGCUGCUUUCAAACUCUACGCCUCACUAGGCUCUAAUGACGAGGACAUCCGCAAAAAGAUCACAGAGACAGAGAACAUGAUGGACAGGAUAGUCAGUGGCCUAUCAGAAUCCAGCAUUAAAGUCCGCUUGGCGGCUGUCAGGUGUCUUCACAGUCUUUCGCGAUCGGUGCAGCAGCUGAGGACCAGCUUCCAUGACCACGCAGUGUGGAAACCCCUCAUGAAGCUGUUGCAGAACGCCCCGGAUGAAGUCCUGGUCAUGGCCUCCUCUACACUAUGCAAUCUACUGCUGGAGUUCUCACCCAGCAAAGAGCCCAUCCUGGAGUCAGGGGUGAUUGAAUUACUAUGCAGUCUGACCCAGAGUGACAGUCCUGCACUGAGGGUCAAUGGGAUCUGGGCCCUGAUGAACAUGGCGUUCCAGGCAGAUCAGAAGGUGAAGGUGGAGAUUGUUCGGUGUUUGGGUACAGAACAGUUGUUCCGUCUGCUAUCAGACCCCGACACCAAUGUGCUGAUGAAGACUCUCGGUUUGCUGCGCAAUCUGCUUUCAACACGCCCGCACAUCGACCAGAUCAUGAGUUCUCAUGGGAAGCAGAUCAUGCAGGCAGUGACCCUCAUCCUGGAAGCAGAGCACAGUAUAGAGGUCAAAGAACAGACGCUGUGCAUCCUGGCCAACAUCGCAGACGGCAACACAGCCAAGGAGCUCAUUAUGACCAAUGACGACAUGCUCCAGAAAAUCAAAUACUACAUGGGGCAUUCAAAUGUGAAACUGCAGCUCGCUGCCACCUUCUGCAUCUCAAACCUUAUCUGGAAUGAGGAGGACGGUUCUCAGGAGCGUCAGGACAAGCUGAGGGAGAUGGGCUUCGUGGACAUCCUACACAAACUCAGCCAGGCCUCUGACCCCAACCUCAGUGACAGGGCGAAGACGGCGAUGCAGCAGUACCUAGCAUGACUACAGCGGGGAGAGAUCCUCUACUGCCAGCUUAACUAACAAUCGUCGGGAGGGACACUUGCCAUUGGUUCUUUUGUUUUGUUUAAUCUUGAGGCUUGUUUUGUUGCACAAAGACACCUUUUUUGGACCUGUGGCCGGCCUCCCUGCACCUCUCACCCACCGCCCAAUAGCACCGCCUCAAAAGUUUUGCUCACUCCAGAUCUUACUUGGAGACUCUGAGACCGUGGUUGUUGGGGAAAUCAACGAUUUGGAGGGUUUCACUUGUUACUUGUUUUUCUUUUUUUUUUUUUUUUUCUUCCUUCAAGGACAAAGUGAAAUUUUUCCGUUUGUGACUUUGUGAUUUAAGAUUUGCAAAUUUUUUUUUUUUUUUUUUUCUCUCUUGGCCUCGUUCUUUGGAGCACAGCAGCCAGACACCAGCGCCGCCUUGGUGCUUUUUGGACUCCCGAUCGUGGUCUCAGAGGACCGGACUACGAGGUUUGACACGAGAGCACGGCUGUUGGAGAGCAGAGCUUCCCAGUUUUAUUUUUUUAAUUUUUAACUAAUAUUACUAUUAAUAUUAAUGUUUCCUUAAGGCAUCGCAAGUAAGGACACAUUUGGAGAAACAUAGACUGCCUAUUUUGAAAUUUUGGGUGUUUUCUUUUUUUGUGGAUACAUACCUCGUAAAUAUAUAAAUAUAUAUAAAUAUAAACAUAAAUAUAUAUUUUUGGAUUUUUAUUUUCCCUGACCCUCUGUUUGUUUUCAUUCACUCUCGCUGAACCAUGAUUCUCAGCACAGUAUGGUGAAUCCAUUGCAGUCUGAUUCAAGUAUGUAUCUGACUUUGAACAUGGUUUGUAGAGGUGAAUAAGGAAAGGAAAUGUAAUUCCCCCGAUUUUCUUCCUUUUUUUUUUUCUUCACCUUUGAGGUUCUGCGUGCACUGGAGCCCUUCACUUUUUUCCACUCUCCUUAUAAUCCCAAUGGGAAAUUUAGUUCCAGAGUCGAUAGCACUAACGCUGACCUGCCCAGUUACUCAACAGGCAAUGGGUUCACAGAACGCCAGAGAUGAGACGAUGCACGUAUCCGCACACCUCUCAUGAACAAGACUUAAUGUCUGUUGCUGUUUCCUAAUUCUCUGCAGCCCCUCUUUUGUGUAUGUCAAAAGGGACGAAUUCCCAAGCUUCUGGGUUUCUUUCCUCUGAUGUGUUUUGAGACGUGAGUGAGGACAGAGUAGAUGCAAGGAAUAAAGGAAGAACAAUUUGAGACUGGCCCCUGGAGGGUAAAAGCACUACGUGCAGCCACAGCAGCAGAAUCAAGAGCUACAUUGUGUUUCAUCCCUCUAUCAUAUAAUUUCUUCUCCCGUCAGGAUGUUUCUAGAGUGUUGUUCCCUGGCAUUUCAAACCUUACCGAAGCUCUGAUAGAAUGAAUGUUACCGUUGGAAAAUAUAUGCAGACCUGAAGAAGGAUUUCCUCCGUGUUGUGUCUUAUUUCUAGGGUCCUUGUAGUUAAAUAGCCAUUGAGUUACAGUUUUGUUUCACCUUAAAAACCAGUCUGAAUCAAAGCAGAGAACCGUGUUUAGUCCUGCGCUUUAGCCUCUGCCAUCAGAUGUAGCAAAGGAUCAAAUCCCGGUUAAAGUUUCAUUUCUCUGCUCCGUCGUUUCCACGGGAAUUCCUGUUCUCUCAUCCACCGUCUAAACAAAGGGUUUUAAAGAAGGGUUGAUUGUUGAGGACGCAGUUUGUGGUGCUGUUGAACUGCGCUGCAGUAUACAAAGCUGUUUGCUACUUAGCCUACCCCCACUGGUGUAAACGGGGUGGACAAAAUAAUAGAAACACCUGUCCAUAUGGUGCGAUACAGCUCAGCGGCACCACAAACUGCAGCCUCCGACAUGGUCAUGGAGUUGAAUCAGCACCUCCUCUGAAACCGUUUCAACACAAACAGAACAUUACAACCUCCGUGAAGGGCGGAUCCAUUGCAGGACUGCUGGAGAAGACAGCAUCAGUGUUAGCUUGGUGUACCUGAUAAACUGGCAACUGAGUGUACAGAAGCACAGUGCACUUCACAUUCAGUUUGUAUUGCAGCUAACGGUUGCAUAGCCUGAGUUUGGGCCUCUCAUGUACCACUGAGUUCCAGUCACAGAGGUAAAGAUCCGUUUCUCUUAAAUCUUAAUACCCAGUGAUAAUUGAAAAACCUUUUGUUAAAAAACUUUAUCUGUUAUAUUUGUCUAUUCUGCAACUUUCUAUUUAUUUAAUAUUUACAAUAAAUAAUGCAUUAAUAUUUUUCUUGGAUUUUACAAAAAAAGCAUGGACAUGUCUUUUCGAACUACGUGGAUCAGGAAAUUGUGGGUUCCAACUAAUAAUCAAUUAAUCGUUUGACCUGUAAAAUAGUGGAAGACUCCUGUUACAAUUUCCCACAGACCAGUUGUCUUGUUUUGUCCAAAAUCCAUAGUUAUGUAGUUUGCUAUCGUGUGACAAAGAAAAGCAUCAAAUCCUCACAUUCGAGGAGGCGGAAACCGCAUUUGACAUUUUUGCUUAAACAUUUGAAACGGUUAUUCAAUCCUCCGUGACUGUGAUGCGAUGCUGAUACAUGAGACGCACAACCCGGGGCUGAGGGUCCCCAAAAGCAGCACAGGAGUCUGACGGUUUACAAAACAACACUUUUUUUUUUUUUUAUUGUUGUACAGUAUGUAAUCCUGGUAACGUUUUUAUGUAACAGCAGUCUUUUAAUAAAAUACAUCUGAAACCCAACACCCCGUUAGCCCUCGGCCCUCGACAGCUCAAAAAGCAGGCACAUUCCUCAUGCAAAAAAGCUGUGACAUGCAUUU